AUGUCCAAUGGCAACUACGGUAGGCGGUACAGCAGAUCCAGGAGCAGACCAGCGUUUACGGACGAUGAAGACGACGGGAGCGAUCGCGAAAAUGACGAGGACAACACGGCGAGGCUGUCGGGCGGUCGGAGAGCAUCUAGCGCAACGCCUAAUGAUAAUGCCUCUGCAUUGCAACGCGUGAAAAACCUGGCGCAGCGCAAUCGUAUGGUUCUGGACAAACUUUCUUCAAUGUCCCGGCUCAGUUCACCAGUUCCAUCUUCUCAAUCUCGGUCCCCCAUGACUCCCCCUUCUGCCGGCAGCUCUUCCUCUUCUUCGCGUCCUCCCUCUGCCGUUCCACGACCUCAGUCUGCAUCAAAUCCACUCCCCGCAAACGGCCGCUAUCCCGAGCCCUCACACUCCGGCUCUGAAACCGAGCGCGAAAGUCAGCGUUUCUCGACCUAUUCAUAUCCUUCUUCCGAAGAUCUAUCUGCGACACCCCCCACACAUCCCAACUUCGGAGCACCACCACCCCUUCGCGAGAGGCGGAUAUCUGCGCCUGCCUCUCCGGCGAAAGGUACACGCCCGCUACGCGAUAGGGACAGGGGACCGUCGCCCGGUCCCUCACGCACUCCGAAGAAGAGGCGGUCUGUAGCGGCGGACGAGAUUUACAGGACGUUCAAGCAAGAAGACGAUCAAGAUGUGACGACUGCUGCACUUGCAGCAGUAGCAUCUUCACGCAGGAGCCCGACGGGCAGCAGCGGUAAGCGGAAUAGACAACCGCUACCUCGUGAGUUUCGCGAGAGAGAUAGGAGGAGCUUGGAUGGCAAGUCCAAUGGCGAGUCGUCUACACCAUAUCGGCAUUCUGACCGCAACUCCCCAACUUCUCCAAGGGCGUCCCGCACAAACUUGUCGACUGUGCAGACGUCUCCGCGUCGCCCGGGAUCGGUGCGAUAUUCUACCGUCCGUGAGCUGACGCGGAAGCAUCAAACGCGUUGGUUGUCUGAGGACUUAUCCACCCCUGGGGAUGGAGAAGACGAAGCGCAUGAAACUCCAUCUCGUAGUAACGGACCGAUUGGCAGACGUCAGGGACAUAGAGGUGGUAGCUCCGAUGCCAUGCUGCUGUCUAGUGGAGGCAGGAGCCUUGUGAGUGAGGGUCUGCGCGCCGCCGGAUUGACUAGACGGCACGAUCUCAGCGAUGAUCCGUUCUCUGGCGGAGAUAACGUGCCGAUAUCUCCCCGGCGAACCAAAUCGACUGGUAACUCGUCUGUGGCUCACGACGAUUGGGAGCCUUCACCUGGGGUUAGUAGGGGCGUAGGAAGUAGCUCGCGGGUCACUGAAGGGCCGCCCAAUGGUUCUCACUACGAGCCUCGUACGCCAGCACCGUCGUCCCAGCGCAGCUCGCACCGGAAUGGCUACAGUGCCGGACUCUCGCGUCCAGGCACAUCCAUGGCGGCACUGCAUCACGAAAACGGCGACCUGCCUCCGCCAAGGCCCACACCUUCUUUGCGUCCGCAGAAGUCAAGCUACAGUCUUGCCGAACGCGAGAAGGUGACGUCUCCGCGAACGCAAGAUGGAUAUGCACAACAUUCGUCUGAUCGCGCUUACUCGUCACCGUUCGCUGCUUACAGGCCUUCUCCUAUUGCCCAGCUUCCACCAGGCACUUCUCCAGGUCCGAGUCGCGAUUCAAAUGCAGAACAUCGCCGCCUUAUGUUGGAGGCACUGGGCAUGUUCGAGUCCCACUUGCAACGUCUUCCUUCUAUGGGACACACUACCACCAACACAAUCCCAGAGUUGUUCCAAAAUGCCCAGCAUGUCGUACAUGCGCUUGACAAGCUGAACGGCAUGUUGAAGUCGGGCACAAACAGAGCACUAGAGGCACAGAUUGAGGCUGAGGUAGCAGACACCGGCGAAAGUGGUGAUAUGGCCGAGCUUUGGAGGUCGGUCGGCUCGGAGCACCGUGAAAGCCUGAGGGCCAGCGACGAUAUCGUGCGGUAUAUGACAGGCUUUCUUUUGGGAGUCGGGAAGGUGAUCCGCGAGACCAGCGCUCUUCAUGGACAACAGCAGCACCUUAGAACGAUGAGCCUCGAUGACGAAGCCGCUAGAAGAACGCCAUCGGAUGUCACCCCAGCGAGCAGUACUGGGGGUCCUAACGGGAGGAAAAGUAGGGAGACGAGACGAAGCUGGGAUCCGCGCGAGCUCCGCGAAUCUGCAUCGAGGCUGUCGAGUCGCGAGAGGAGCCAUGUCAGACCCGGCUCUUCUCUCUUGAUGAAAGGAUCGGCGACUUCAAGCAGCGAAGGCAGGAGUGUCGCAGAGGCAGUGGGUGAGCAGACACCGCAGACAGUCCGGAACGUCUCGCAUCUUGGAGCAUCAUCCUCUAUUCGUCGACUCUAUAUUACACGGGACCAAAGGGCGACCCCAGAGGCACUCGCACCCAUCAAGACCAGCUUUAAUGCCCAGGACUCACCGGGCAAUUACGAGCCUUCGCCAACGCCUACGUCCAGGACAUCCCACUCUGCUAUCUCCGAGCGCACGCGCGCUUUACCUCCGGUUGCAGUUCCCCCUUCACUCUCUACUCUGCCAUCCGAGUCCCUUCUCAAUCGCAGUGACACAAGUGCUUCGGAAAGAAGCUCGCGCCGCAAGGUAUCGAAUAACUCGAACAUCACUGUUCGCGCGGAGCCGAGCGCUUUCACAUCUGUCAUCAAGCCUCCGAAUGCCACGACAGCACUGACAACGCAUACCGUCUCCAUGCUCGGUUCUCCGGCUGAGAUCGACCAGUACCCGCAGCCAUCCCCUCAGGCUAUCACUCGCAGCGAGUCAUCCAAUUCAGCGCGAUCAAAUGGCGUGACGUUUUCGCGGCCCUCGACUGUGUCGAUGUCGACAUUGAGCGGUGUGCAACAACGCGAUGAACGCACUGGGCGUUUGCGUGCCCUGUCCAAGUCCAACCCGCCCCCUCCCGAUGACGAACCGCCUGUGCGUCUUGCCCUCGCCCCAGCCAUGUUGAACUCGCCGAUGUCGGGGUCAGAAACAGAGCGACCAGAGAGCUGGCGGAGGACGAUAGCUACGAGACCUAGAGCUUCCAUAGACAGUCAACGUGGGAUGGACAGUAUUGAGGAAGUGCGCGGUAGCGGCCGAACUGCCACGAUGUCUGGCAGUUUGGGCAGGAAGGAGCGCCGAAGAACCAUUACGGAGAUCUUCCAGCGAUAG